AUGGCAGGGCGAAUAGGCAGGAUAGACACUUUCGAUCAGGGAAAUGAGUCAUGGGACUCGUAUGGCGAGCGCCUUGAACAAUAUUUCAUAUGUAAUAACGUGAAGGAGGAGAAACGCGUUCCCGCGCUUUUGAGCCUUGUGGGUGGUAACACGUAUCAGUUGCUCCGAGGGCUGACGGCGCCCAAGAAACCUUCUGAGGAGACUUUUGAACGUUUAGGCAAACUGCUUAAAGAUCAUUUUAAUCCCAAACCCCUAGUGAUUGCCGAACGUUUUCGAUUCCAUAAACGUGACCAGAGGGAAGGGGAGAGCAUCAGGGAUUAUGUGGCUGCCAUAAGAAAACUGUCCGAAUAUUGCGAAUUUAAUGCGACAUUGAGUGACUCACUGAGAGACAGGUUGGUCUGCGGCUUGCGAAACGAACACAUACAACGAAAGUUGCUAUCAGAAGCCACACUGACGUACGACACCGCUGUCGAACUGGCGAUUGCUAUAGAAAUGGCACAAAGGGACGCAACCGAACUUCACGGAAAUAGUUCCAAGGCCAGUGUAAAUAAAAUUCAUGUGAAGAAGGGAAAACCUCGGAGACACGAGUCCCACAAACAAACCGAUCACAGACAAACAGAUCACAGACAAGCCAGACCAGAUUAUCGACCACACGGCGAAAGUAAGUGCUGGAGAUGUCUAGGGAACCACAAUCCCAAGGAUUGUUUUUGGAAAAAUGAGACAUGUUUUGAAUGUAAUAAUAAGGGCCAUAUAAAGAAGGCGUGUCCAGAGCGUAAAAAAAAUAUACAUCACACGAACUAUGAUUCUGAAUCUGAUCCCGAAUCUGAUUCCUGUGCAGGAAUUGCCAGCCUGGAGGUCAACUCUACGGAUAACGGUGAACGUAAUAAUCAGGCUAUCUGGCUGUAUCCAAAGAUCAACAGUAUCAAGCACAAAAUGGAACUGGACACAGGUUCUGCGGUUUCUGUGGUGACAGAAAAGGGGUAUGUAGAGCAGUUGAAUGGGAGACUGAAAGAUUUGUCAGACACGCAGGUCUAUCUCAAAACAUACUCUGGGGAAAAGUUAAGAUCAAGACGAAUAGUCAAUGUGAGGGUCGAAUACGAGGGACAAAAGAAGACCCUGAAACUGUAUGUUGUACCCAAGGGAGGGACUUCAUUGUUUGGACGAGAUUGGUUAAGGGAGAUAACUUUGAAUUGGCCAGCAAUCAAGGCAAUCCGAGCACCAAAUAUCUCUACCAAAACUAGAUUAGAUGGGAUCUUGGCAAGAUACCAGGCGGUUUUUAAUGACGAUUGGGGAACACUGAAGAACAUGAAGGCAAAACUCAACGUAAAACCCGACUCCCAUCCAAAGUUCUGUAAGGCACGGUCGGCACCGUAUGCUAUCAAACCCAAGGUUAGUGAUGAACUUGACAGACUGGAGGAGGCAGGGGUGUUGACCAAAGUUCGUCAUAGUGAGUGGGCCACACCGAUCGUCCCAGUCAUGAAACGUGAUGGAUCAGUCCGUCUUUGUGGAGACUUUAAAGUGACCGUAAACAAAGUACUUGAGGUGGAGCAAUACCCAUUGCCACGUACAAAUGAUAUUUUUGCAUCAUUGGCUGGGGGGCAAAAGUUCUCAAAACUAGACCUCCAACAUGCCUACCUGCAAAUGGAAGUGGAAGAGGAGUCCAAACCACUGCUAACUAUCAACACGGAGAAGGGGCUCUAUAGGUUCAAUCGGUUGGUGUACGGUAUCGCGUCCGCGCCCGCUAUUUGGCAACGCGCCAUGGACACUGUGUUACAAGGCCUAUCGGGUGUAAAAUGCAUCAUUGACGACAUGUUGGUGACUGGCCAGGAUGAUGAUGAUCACCUUAGGAACAUAGAGGCUGUCCUCGAGCGUCUUGAUGAGUACGGACUGAGAGUGAAGAAGGAUAAGUGUGAAUUCUUCAGAGAUAAACUUUCAUUUUGCGGUCAUGAAAUUGAUGCUGAGGGGUUGCACAAAGCGGACAACAAAGUCGAGGCAGUAUUAAAGGCACCAGAGCCUUCUGAUGUAUCUGAGUUACGUGCGUUCCUUGGUUUGGUGAAUUAUUAUGGGAGGUUCCUGCCAAACUUGUCAACCACACUGUAUCCUCUACACAAGUUAUUAGAGAAGGACAAAUCGUGGGAAUGGAACACUAGUCACCGUCAAGCGUUUCAGGAGGUAAAGACCUUGGUGACUUCUACUGAAGUGCUUACACACUACGAUCCGAACAAACCGCUGCGACUCGCGUGUGACGCAUCUCCACGAGGAUUGGGAGCAGUACUGUCCCAUGUGAUGGAGGACAAAUCGGAGAGGCCGAUCGCGUACGCAUCAAGGUCGCUCAAUGCUGCUGAGAGAAACUACUCGCAGAUUGACAAGGAGGCGUUGGGGCUUGUAUGGGGUGUGAAACACUUCCACGACUACCUAUUUGGACGCAGGUUUACGCUGCUUACUGACCACAAGCCCUUGGUAGCUAUCUUCAAUCCGGAGAAAAGCAUACCGACAACAACAGCGUCACGAAUGCAACGAUACGCUCUGUUCUUGUCAGGUUUAACUUAUGACAUUGAGUACAAACACACCAAAGCGCACGGAAACGCGGACAGUUUGUCACGCUUACCUCUCAAAGGUGAAGGACCAGUGGAUAGCGAUGAUGACAAAGCUAUAAAUGCUUUACACAUAUCCCAAUUGGAUCAGUUACCUGUUACACAAACACAGAUACGAAGGGAGACAAUUCGUGACCCCUUGCUUUCAACCGUGUACCAGUCAGUAAUGAAUGGCUGGGAGGACAUUGUCGACCCCGACCUCAAACACUACGCAGCGCGAAAAACGGAGCUAACAGUACACCAGGGAUGCCUUCUCUGGGGAAUGAGGGUGAUAAUACCACCGAAACUACGGCGUGACUUGCUUAGUGAACUUCAUCAGGGACACAUCGGCGUUGUUAAGAUGAAAGCCGUAGCCCGCAGCUAUAUGUGGUGGCCCGGAUUAGAUCAGGACAUAGAACUGAUGUGCAAAACAUGUGCUGGAUGUCAGGAGGUUAAGCAUGCACCCCCUGGAGCACGUCUUCACCCAUGGGAGUGGCCGUCUCGACCUUGGCAUCGUGUCCACAUCGAUUUUGCGGGGCCAUUCUUGGAUUCAAUGUUUCUGAUCGCAGUUGAUGCGCACUCCAAGUGGCCUGAAGUGGUGCAGAUGAAGUCUACGACAGCCGAGAGAACAAUUGAAGUUCUCAGGACGAUCUUUGCUCGGAACGGCGUUCCUAGACAAAUCGUCAGCGACAACGGUCCGCAGUUCAAAUCUGAACUUUUCCAUAAUUUUAUGAGGUUAAACGGAAUCAAACACAUAACGUCUGCGCCAUAUCACCCAAGUACGAAUGGGUUAGCGGAACGAUUCGUCCAGUCAUUUAAAAUGGCCAUGAAGUCAAGCGGAAAAGAUGCCGGUUCGAUACAAAAGAAACUGUCAAAUUUUCUGUUGGCGUACAGAAAUAGCCCACAGUCGACCACGAAUGAAACGCCAGCAAAAAUGUUCCUUGGGAGAAACCUGCCAUCACGUUUGGAUCUGUUGAGACCUACCGUCCAGGAACGUGUAGAACAACAACAGGAGAGAAUGAGUGAAAGGAGACACACACACACGCGAAAUUUCGAGGCAGGUCAAACUGUUAUGAUAAGGGACUAUAGGGGAGAGAGAAAGUGGUUGUCUGGAACUAUUCAGGAGAAAACUGGCCCAGUGUCGUACCGCAUUCAAGUGUCACCAGGCGUCAUCUGGCGACGUCACGUCGACCAAAUGAGAGACGCAAACGUACCAGUUGCUCAGACUUUCGAUAGGCCAAUCUACCUUCCGCGAUCAAACUCGUUACCGAGUGUCCAGCAAGGCCCUAUUAAUGUGGACAGUGCCACUGGUCCACCGAGUGAUGCCACCGUGACUGUUGUCGAGCCAAUGACUCAUGCACCGAUAGUGACUGAAAAGACUAUCACUCAAACACCAGCUUGUGAACCACGUUUUCCAAAACGAGCAACACGCGUGCCCCCAAGGUUUAAAGACUAUGUGGCAUAUUGA